CUUUACCCUUUUUUCUUUUCUUUUCUUUAUACAAAUCCAUAUUUUCUUUUCUAUGUAUCCCUAAUUUUUCUCUUCUCGUCCCUUUCAGAAUCUGAAGUAAGAAAGAGAGACAUAGAACGAAUUGAAAGGAAAUUAAAAAAAAAAGAAAGAAGGGAAGGCUGUGUGAGAGAUAACCCACCAAAGCGUGCACGAGAGAGGAAAAAAAAAAAGCUUUUGAUUUGUAUAAAAUCCCACCACACUUCUGUCUUAGCAUACCUUCAUAACACAUCUCUCUUUCUCUCUCUCUCUCGCUCUCAGUUUUGUGGGAUUGUUUCUUUUUAAGGGUUUUCUCAGGUCUUUUGUCUUUUAAAGGGUUUGGUGAAUUCGCUAAGGUUCCUUCUUUUUGUAUCUCUCUCUCUCUCUCUAUCUAUCUAUCUGUCGUACGUCUCCCCUUGUAAACGAAGCUAUAAGAUUUCAAUCUCAUCCCUAGUUAAACCUGAGAGAAGGAAUCUUGUGUUGAUCAAUGGAAGGUUGUCCAAGAAACAGAGAGACGAUCGGUCCAAAACUUCUUGAUUUGAUUCCCCAAGGAAGAAAAUGGUAUCAAGAAGACAAGAACAACAUAGAUCAGGAGAAGAAACUUGAGCUAAGGCUUGGACCACCUGGUGGUGAUGAAGAAGACCGCUCAGCGAUGAAGAAGAACAACAACACAGAGACAAGAAACAUAAAGAUGGAAUCAGAAGACAAAUCUUUCCAGGGUUUCAACAGCAAUCACUUCUCUUCUUCCAACAAAACCUCUCAGAAAAGAACUGCUCCUGGUCCAGUAGUGGGUUGGCCUCCGGUUCGUUCUUUCAGAAAGAAUCUAGCGAGCACAAGCUCUUCAAAGUUGGGAAAUGAAUCCUCACAUGGAGGUCAAAUCAACAAGAGUAAUGAUGAUGAUGAAAAGCAAGUUGAACCCAAGAGAGAAGGAAUGUUUGUGAAGAUCAACAUGGAUGGUGUUCCUAUUGGUCGUAAAGUUGAUCUCAAUGCUAACAAUAGCUACGAACAGCUCUCUUUUGCCGUUGACAAACUCUUCAGAGGUCUACUCGCAGCUCAAAGAGAGAGCUCUGGUGGUGAAGGAGAAGAGAAACCUAUAAUUGGAUUAUUAGAUGGGAAAGGAGAAUUUACUUUAACCUAUGAAGACAAUGAAGGGGACAAGAUGCUUGUUGGGGAUGUUCCUUGGCAAAUGUUCGUUUCAUCUGUGAAGAGACUGCGUGUGAUUAAAAGCUCGGAGAUUUCAUCUGCCUUGACAUUUGGAUGCAGCAGUAAGCAAGAGAAGAUGAGGCACUGAAGAGUGUUUUAGAAACUACUAUUUCAGACAGAGGGUCUCACAGCUUAUAAAUGUACAUCUGGUUUUUGUUAUAUAUAUAAGAGAUAAUCAUUUGGUUUUGUCCAAAGAGACAAUUUGAUCUGAUCUGAUAUUCCCAUGUCUUCAAAGACACUUUGGACGAUGAGAUUACAGAAGCGAUCUGUGUUUAAAAGCAGUUUAAUUAAUUUAAAGGGGAUAAUUAGAACAUGAUAAUUAUCUCAUGUCUGCCAGAAUCUUUUCGGAAAAAAAGUAUGAAAUAUUUAUUCUCUGUAAAAAAAGCUCUUUUUAACUUUUGUUCCUUCCAACUUUGGCUA